ACGGAGGGCGCGGGCGGGAGGGCCGCGGCGCUGUCCGCCCUCCCGGGGACAGCCGGGCCGGGCCGGGGGGCAGGGGAGGCCGCUGACCCGGGGUGGGCUUAUGGGUGGCCCCGCGCUCACCUCUCCGCUCCGGAGCUCGGGGCGGGCCCCGUCUUUGGACUCCCCCAGAGCCGCUCUGCAAAUGACCGUGUGGCUUCCGUGGCGUGGACAGCGAGGGCUGCGCGCCCCGGGAUCUCGCCCCCCGGCCCAUCACUCCCCGGGCAGCCCGGGCAGUAACCAACUCGAUGCAUUGGAUUUGGGGUUCGUGAAAGCUGCGCUUACCUGACAAAAGGGCAGUGGUUCGCCCCCGAAAGGAAGUGCUGCUUUCCGCAGUGAACUUUGCCACCCUGCGAGGAUUUGCCUCUGCGGGAGCCAUGGCUUGCGUUGCCGGACUCUGGGGUCCCUGCACCCAUGUCAGCAGAGCCCUCGGCCUGCGAGGUUUCAGCACCACGGGUAGCCUCGGCGCCAUUCAGAAGAUGACCCGGGUCCGCGUGGUGGACAACAGCGCCCUGGGCAACACCCCCUACCACCGCCCGCCGCGCUGCAUCCACGUGUACAACAAGAGCGGCGUGGGCAAGGUGGGCGACCGCAUCCUGCUGGCCAUCAAGGGCCAGAAGAAGAAGGCGCUCAUUGUGGGGCACCGCAUGCCCGGCCCCCGCAUGACCCCCAGGUUCGACUCCAACAACGUGGUCCUCAUUGAGGACAACGGGAACCCUGUGGGGACCCGCAUUAAGACGCCCAUCCCCACCAUCCUCCGCCGCCGGGAGGGCGAGUUCUCCAAGGUGCUCGCCAUUGCACAGAACUUGGUGUGAGCAGCUGCGGACCGCAUCCUGGGAAAAAAAUAAACAUUUUCACCCACUCUGGGUUUUUAAAA